CUGGCACAAACACAGCCGAGGUCCAAGAAGUCGGCAGCGGCGGCGGAGCCCCUGCUGGAGUUGCAGGAAAACGGUCGACCGACCGUGGCAGAUCUGUAUUGAAGACGCAUUUCGUGUCAGUACGAAUACAUGAAAAUCUCCAACUCUCCGCCUGCUAAUAACUAGUGCAGUUUGAAUUCGUAUUUGCCGAAGGGCUCCCGGAUACCGUCCGUUGGAUUGCAUGCGCAGAUGGGUGGAAUUUAAGAAUUGGUGACUACCUUGUUAUCGAUAUGAUAUGAUUCAGUAACUGAUGGGAGCUUUUGUUGAAGUCACGCAAGUGGCUCUUGUCAUGCUGCACAGCGGUGUGGGCGCAUGAAGGCAGAGCGUGGUCAGGAAUCGCCGCAUCCUGCAGAUCAUUUGCUUUCUGAUGGGGUACAGACGAGGUUCUGUUGGGAUUCGGGCCGAACAAAAGACCCGUUACUGAUCGUGAUAAAGCGAUCUGAGAAAGUCUGGAGCACAUCGCAUAUGCAGAAUCUAAGAGUACAUUAUGGAUUUCGACAAACUGGCGACCCUUUGGAUUUUAUGUCUAUGCAUCUUGGGGAAGUGUCAGGCGGAGAAGCCGGGUCAAGCACUCUCGGACCACCAGAAUGGGGAUAACAGCCUAUCUGAUCUCUGUCGUAUUGAUGAAGCUCUGUGCCAGGACGAGAACGCCAACCUCAGCUUCGAGGCCAUCCGGAGCAUCCACAAGCAGAUGGACGACGACGCCAACGGUAACGUGGACGUGGCAGAGACGGACGGGUUCCUGAGGGAGGACCUGAACUACCACGACCCCAAGGCCAAGCACAACAGCUUCCACGGGGCAGACCUGCUAAUCAGCGUGGAGGACAUGUGGAACGCCUGGAAGACCUCUGAGGUAUAUAACUGGACAGAGGAAGAGGUGGUGGACUGGCUCAGAAGCUGCGUGGAGCUGCCGCAGUACGUGGAAGCCUUCAAGAAGAACAGCAUCAAUGGCAGUGCCAUGCCCAGACUGGCUGUGAAGAACACCACCCUGACCCUGUCCCUCCUGAAGAUAUUGGACCGCAGUCAUGCACAGAAGCUGCAGCUGAAGGCUCUAGAUACGGUUCUGUUUGGACCCCCACUGAUGAGCAAACACAGCCACCUUAAAGACUUCCUGCUGGUGGUGUCCAUAGUUGUUGCUGUGGGCGGAUGCUGGUUUGCCUACAUCCAGAACCGCUACUCCAAGGACCACAUGAGUAAGAUGAUGAAGGAUCUGGAGGGGUUGCAGCGGGCCGAGCAGAGUCUGCUGGACCUGCAGCAGAAGCUGCAGCAAGCACAGGAGGAGCACCGUACGGUAGAGGUGGAGAAAGUGAACCUGGAACAGCAGUUGAGGGAUGAGAUCAAUGCCGCAAAGCAAGAGGCCCAGCGUCUGAAGGAGCUGCGCGAGGGCACAGAGAAUGAUCUGAGCAGGCAGAAGUAUGCCGAGGAGGAGCUGGAGCAGGUGCGCAUGGCCCUGAAGAAGGCAGAAAAGGAGCUGGAGUCUCGGAGCAGCUGGUCUCCGCCUGAAUCGCUCCAGAAGUGGCUGCAGCUGACCCACGAGGUGGAGGUGCAGUACUACAACAUCAAGAAGCAGAAUGCAGAGCGGCAGCUGCUGGUGGCAAAGGAAGGGGCCGAGAAGAUUAAGAAGAAGCGGAAUACACUAUUUGGGACCUUUCACGUGGCACACAGCUCUUCACUGGAUGACGUGGACCAUAAAAUCCUCACGGCCAAGCAGGCCCUGGGUGAGGUGACCGCAGCCCUGCGGGAGAAGCUUCACCGCUGGCAGCAGAUUGAAAUCCUGACGGGCUUCACCAUCGUCAACAACCCCGGCCUGCCGUCCCUGGCCUCCGCCCUCAACCUGGACCCCAGCUUCAUGGGUGGCCGGCCUCUGCCCCAACAACACUUCAUCAUCUCCGAUGACAUGGACGACAUGGACGAGGACAUCAUGUCACCGGGGACGCUACAAUACGCCGCCUGGCAGAUGGACCGGCGAGUGAGCGACCUCUGGCCCAUGUGCUCCGACAGUCUCUCCCCGUGGAAGCAGUCCGCGCCCAGCAUGAUGUCUCUGCGGCAGCGCCACAUUGACCCGCAGCUGACAGGCGGCUCUCAGAGGUUGGUAGAGGGCCGUCACACGGCGGGGCAGCAGGGAGAGGGCGGCGGCUCGCACCCGGCCCGGUCGCGUCCCUUCCAGCGGCAGGCGCGGAGUCACUCCAUCGGGCAGCUGGAGUUCGCCCCCCUGCCCCCUCUGUCCUCGUCCGUCUCCCACCCCUCCAUCAUCUGCACCUCCCCCUCCUCCCCUCCUGUUUCCCUCUUCUCCGGUCCCCAGUCCCCGUUCUCCUCCUCCUUCUUUGCCGCAUCGGCCCCUCACUCCGCCCCUUCUUAUCACUCCUCUUAUUUCCAGCCCUCGGACGGCGUCACCGGCCUGCCCCCCACCGGUGCGGGCUCAGUGCGGUCCAAACGCUCCGGCAGUUUCGGGGACCUGAAUCGUUCUGACUCUGACUCCUCCCUUUGCUUGUCACAAACCAGUGAUCAGCUGCGCCUGACCUCAUCAUAUGGUUCCAAAGGCCACCCGAUGAAGCCCAUCUCUCUCCUAUAUGGCUCUGCCUUCCGGGUGGACGAGCAGUCUGCCUCCCUGCACGGCCACACCCCCAACGGAGGGAACCGCCUACAUGGGGGCGGGGCCUGGGCAGAGGGCAGUACUGACAGCCCCCUGAUGAUGAAAAAGGUAUAUGGCAUGGAGAAGUCGGCCAGUCUUGGGGAGAUCAACACCAGCCUGGUAGGCCUCUCGCAGUCUGAGUCCUCCCGCUCUCUGAGCCCAACCUCCACUGAGGCUGACACUCCCUCCCCGAUGGGGGCGGGGGGCAGCAAGGGCAGCAGCCGCAUACCGCAGCUAUCGUCCAAGAAGAGCCCCCUGGAGGAGGACAGCGGCUCUACAGGCGAGGACACAGACUCCACUGCCUCCCGCAAGAAACACACCUUCAAGAUCUUCAAAAAGCAGAAGAAGUGACCGGGUGCUCAGAAGUAAUCUGGUACACCCUGCGCUAGUUUUGUUCAAUUUUUUGUGUCCAAAAUAUUUGUCUUUCCUCUUUUGUUUCAUAAAUGUAAUCUAGUCACCAGUGUCACAUGACACUGAGGAUUGGUAGGUAAUUUUCUCCAAGGAACUGUGGGAGCAGUCAGCAAUUUCAUUUUUAAUAUAUAUUUUUGGGUAUUAUCUUUUUCUUUAUUUUCUUUUGUGAUGAUUCAACAUGGCAGGGGUUGGGAAAGUUGUGAAUGUACAGCGCUAUUUAUUCUGCAGGAAAUGGUGCCAAUGUUACAAGGGAAUCCCUCCUCACAGAAUUCUGUUCUUUUAAUCCAGUCAGUUUGCAUGUCUGUGCCUUUGUUUGAUUGAAAAAUGUUACACUCUUAGGUGUUUGCUUGGUUCUUGUCCUUUACCCGCUUAACCAGUCAGCACGGGACAUCAAGGCUGUUCUCUGUUUUUACGGUUUCUGUCCCUUCCUUUUCUCCAUGAUUGUAAAUCAAGGGAUAGAUUAGGUGGACAGUGAAAGGGAGACAGACACAUUUGCUCAGUCAGCGAUUUGGGGGACUGAAACGAUUUUACAACACCUGUAACAGUCUAUCUGAGUCAAGUGUCUCAGCUUUGAAGUCUGACUGAUGGAACUUCUCAGAAACACGCACAAACACGCCAGAGACACGCAUCUUUGGUCGACACCUGAAAGGACUACUCUGAGCUCGCCGAGAUCUGCAAAGUCAGCCUCCAGGCCUAAACAGAGCCAGACACAGGGCUGGAAAUGCCUUGGAUCAUUCCUGUUUACUCUUCUAUCAUCUAUGCAUGUCUACAAAUAAGAAAACCCUCCAGCACAUGGACUUUAUGAACUUUUCUAUGUCAGACAGCUGGUAAUGUCAACAAGGAGUGCAGCUUGCCCUGUUAUGAGCUGGUGUUCCUGUCUUGGUGGUUGUAAUACCUGUAUGUCAUGCUGCCAUACGCUAUGCCUCGCGGAUACGGAUAAUCCUAAACCUUAAGAGCCACCCAGCAGCAGACAAGGCCUCCAUUGCAGCAAAUGCAGAGAUAUAAAAAGGAAUUCCUUUCAGAAGGUCUACAGAAGCUGAGAUAGUUAGAAAUGUGAGGUUUUUGUGGGUAAGCAGUGUUCUGUUCUGCUCCUGACAUCAGAAAUGUAGCAUCCUGUCACAUGACUGACUGAAAGUAGUGGGCUACUGUGCAUGCAUUGAAUGCGCAAUGGCUUUCCUCCACUGUUCAUGCAUCACCCCAGCUUCAUCUUCUCCCAGCCAAUCCCACCCGUAUCCUCUCCCAGCCACUCCCACCUUCAUCUUGUCCCAGCCACUCCCAGCAUCAUCCCCUCCCAACUUUAUCUUUUUACAUUCAUGCAUUCAUGUCAUACAAAUGACUCUUCGUAAAUGCUAACUAGGAUGUAGGGAGAACCAGUAGGGCUGCUUACAGCUUACAUAAUAUUAUGUUUUUAUCAGCAACAAAUAAUAUUUCAAGCCUAAUUGAAUGUGAAAUUCUACCAAAAAUAAACCUUUCCUGAAGAGCUGUGGCCAUAUUACAGGGAUAAGGGAUCCAUUUCAGGGAUAAGGGGUGGUAAAGUGUCCUCAUUGAUUUUACAGGUCGAUAUGACAAACUACCUAAAGCAUUCUAUUUGUGUUCAUACCAGUAUCUAAAGAUUGUAUAUCACCACUCAAAAGCACAUCAGAGAUACUGUGGUAUAGACAAAAAUCAGUUUAAGCUCCCCAUGGCUUCAAAUUACAGGAUUGCAAGGAAGCACGGAAUGGGAAUAUUUUGAAGCUAGAUAUUGCAACAUUACCAGCUGCUGCCCCCAGUUGAUUUUCAGAGGGGAGUAUUCAGCUUUGUUUUUGGCAUUUUCCUUCACAACCCAGUAUGGACUGGGGUAGUGGGUGAGAACCUGUAACACCAUGGGGCAAUGGGCGAGAGUCCAGGAUGCCCUAAGACCAUGGGUGGGAUCAUGCAAAGUGCUUUUCCAGCUUCCUGUCAGUCUCCCAUCCCAUUUUCCUGCCAGUGCAGAGAUGCUGCCACACUGUCAACGCCUACCCUCACCUGAACACUGACUGCUGUGACCCGCCUUGACCUCUAGACAGCUGUGACUGGGCAAACUACACUGCGUUCUGAACCUGCCUCUGAGCUUGUGGAGUCAAGACAACCAAAUGCAAACCCCAUACCACACGCCACUCUCACCAGUAGCUGCACAUUUCUAAAUAUGCACACAUAGCAGUCGAGUCUGUACAGAAAGAGCAUGAUGGGAGAUAAAGGCCCUGGCGUGGACCGCAGUGGUGCGUGUGUGAGCACACGCAGAUGGGGGAAUAAGGGCCUGGCUCUGUGCCUUUUGAAAUGGGACGACAGCCUCAAGGUCUUGGCUCUGGACCACAGCCUUGCUGAAGGAUUCCUCGAAUGUCCUCCUGUAGACGAAUAUCGCAGAUCACUGUUCUUUUUCCUGGAUGGUAUCAGCCUUUUCAGAAAUGUGGGUUUGAAAAAAAGUUGAACAUUUUUUAAGUACCAUUCUCUUUUUACGGAUAGUUAAAAAGUGUAAUCUUCCAGUCGGGCAAUUUCUUAGUCAUUUGUACCAGUUCUGCACGAAGAAGCUUUGAAUGGAUAAUGCUGUCAGACAGUGUGUGUCCGUCCGUCCGUAUGUCCCCAGUGUACUAUGCUGCUCUCGGUGUUGAUGCAUGCCACCUGCUGCCACACCUGUUUAAGAACAAAAAGGGCGGAAUGACAAGAUCGGGUCCGACUCCUACUCCACACCAAAAAAACUCUUUUCCUUUUUGAGCUUCUGUUGUAUUUAUGAUAACGGUAUAUCUUUGUACAAAAAACAUUUUGCAUCUUCUGUGACGUUUUGGACUAAGUCCAAAAUUUUAUGGCAC